CAUUUGAAUAUAGAACUUUACAUUGAAUUGGUACCAGAUAUACGGCAGCUGACUGCAGGCGGCAGCCUUCUCAAGCCGUUCAGCCAUUUAGACUACAAGAAAGCGGCGUUAUUUUUUAACUUAAUCUUUUUGCUCGUUUAAGGCUAAAUAGCUCUGACACAGGGAGAAGUGUCGCCUUCCUUCGCUUCUGGCCCAGUGUACAGAUUGUCCAGCAUCGAAACUACCGUGAACAACAAGUGUGUUGUGUUUCCGUGUACGUCUCCGUGGCUGCCCAUUGAACUAAAACACGGAACAAGGAAACACCUGAUGCCCUGCAGUUGCGCAUCUUUCACUGACUCUCAUACCACUCGUUUUCCUCUGACAACAAUACGUCCCAGAGUCCACAAAUACCAACUGAUCUCAUCAUAGGACAAUGUCUGAGGGUAAAACAGUCACUUCCAAGGCUGUGGAGCUGGAGCCCCUAGAACUAGGACCAGAGACCCAGUCCUCCUCUCAUCUGGACCUGACCCAGACCUCCCCUCGGCCCCAAAGUCAACCUGACCCCCAGAGCAACCAGCCGCCCCAGAGUCAACCUGACCCCCAGAGCAACCAGCCGCCCCAGAGUCAACCUGACCCCCAGAGCAACCAGCCGCCCCAGAGCAACCAGACGCACCAGAGCCCCCAGGCCCAGAGCACCCAGGCCCAGAGUCCCCAGGUCCCGGAGAGUGGUCAUCCCGAGGUAGAGACAGAGGAGAGUGGGUGUGCUGCCCCUACACCUGAUACUGGAGCUAGAGCUAGGGAUGUAGCUAGAGCUAGGGAUGUAGCUGGAGCUAGGGAUGGAGCUGGAGCUAGGGAUGUAGCUAGAGCUAGGGAUGUAGCUAGAGCUAGGGAUGUAGCUGGAGCUAGGGAUGGAGCUGGACCCGGGGAUGGAGCUGGACCCGGGGAUGGAGCUGGACCCGAGGCCAAGGGGAACCGUUGGACUUCUGCACUAAAUCAGUUCAAACUCAAGAGGUUCUUUGUUUUGAGGCCUGGGACCCUGGACCAAUCCCUAGAAGACAUCAAGGCUCUGAUCAAUGAGGAGGACGGAGCUGUCCACGGUGUCUGGCUCAUGGCUGAGGUUGACCAUUGGAACAACGAGAAAGAACGUGUAGUUCUGAUCACAGACAACUCCCUGCUGGUCUGUAAGUACGACUUCAUCAUGCUCAACAUUGAGCAGAUACAGAAAAUCCCUCUCAACUUCAUAGACCGCAUCUCCCAUGGCAACUUCAGCUUCCCCCAGCGGUCUCUCCUCAAGAGAGAAGGGGAGGGUGUGCGUGUGUUCUGGGACCGGCGAAGGGAACCCUCGUUCUCGUCUCGGUGGAACCCGUUCGCUACAGACUACCCAUUCAGCACCUUUACCUAUCACCCUGUCAGGAACAUAGACCACAGGUUCACUGCUCUCUGUGAGAUCCAGAGUUUCCGUGAGCAGCUGAUGGAGUCAGCCCAGAAGGCCCACCUAAAGAUGCCCGUCCCUGGCAAGGCCAACGGGGUCCUGGUGCUGAACCAGCCCCUGCUCAUCGAGGCCUACGUGGGUCUCAUGUCCUAUAUCGGUAACCAGAACAAACUGGGGUACAGUCUGGCACGGGGAAACAUUGGGUUUUAAUCUAGGAUUUCGACUUUGUGCUUUUCAAUGUACAAUACUACUUCAUUACUUAACCCUAUUUUACAGUUGUGGCCGAGUUACAGAUUUGAAGUAAUAUUGUAAAAAAAAUUGUAUACAUCAGGUUUUAAAAGCUCUAGUGAGACAUUUUUAAAUAUACAUUUGUACUUGAUAUGCUUCUGAACACUUUGUUUACAUUUAUUUUGUCAGAUUUACAGAUUUGAAGUAGUAUUGUCUAUUUGUAUUUAAUAGUUCACAACAAGGAAGUGUUUUUACUCUCAUUUCAAAUGUGCUUUAGAGGUGAUUUGUUGGUUGGUUUUCUUGGCUUGUUCAACUAAAGUCUGUCUAAAAUUGAAACGUAUGUAGUUCUCUAUCAUUAGGAUUACCUACAGGACUAAGGGAUAGUCUACUGUAAUUUCAUACUCAAAUUACCAUGCCAAAUUGUUCCUGCCGUCACAGUCAAUAAAGAUUUCACAUUAC